AUGGCUUCAUUUCCUGCUGCCCCGUCCAUGGCCCGCUCUGUCCGCGCUGCGGCGCAACCCGGAUUGAAAGACACGCAGAGGUCUUCCUAUCUAACGCAGUUCUACAUCAUCCAACUGCAUGAUUAUGCCAAUGAGCAGGCGUCCAUCUCGAAGCGUAGCCUCGCUUGCAUCAAGCUAUACGAAAUCACAAUCGCCCAACUCACUGGCCUCGUGAAAAAGCCCAACAUUCCCAAGGACGAUAUCAACAAGCUUCUCCAGAUACAUCGGACCCAACUUACUGCGGCGCGGAAGGAGCAACAGGCUGCCUCCUCGAACGAGAGUCGAGCAAGGGCCCAAAUAUCACUCCACACCGCAAAAACCUCCAAGAUCCGCACCAACAUCCCUGCUGCCACGGUCUUCGGCAGUCUGGUGGACGAUGUAGACACCGUCGUCUAUGUCCUCGACGAGACACUGUCUUCCCUCGCCCUGCAAACGAGAGAAAACGAUCGAUUGCGCUGUAUUAUCGCUUCCAAGAACAUGGAAAUUAUCGGACUUGAAGAGCACAUUGCACACCUUGAGGUAAAUCUUCUUGUUCUCAGUUUAUUUAGUUUAUUUCUUUUUACAUCAGCUGACGUGAUGAGAGCAAGAAGAGUACAGAUGUCGGCGUAUUAA